CUGUCACUGUCAUGUGCAUUUUGUGUUGGUUGGCACACCUGAGGAGAGUUGUAUCUGUGAAAGGUGCGGAUUGCUUUGUUUCAACGGACAGACAGACAGUAACAGUUGUCUGUGUCAGAUUAGGAGACGUUUUGUCCUAUUGACAGAUCGGUGGAAUGACAACAGACAGACUGAUGUUUGUGAGAGAAAAAGAGACGUUAUGUGCUACUGACAGAACCUUAGAAUAUCAACAGACAGACAGACUGACAAACAGUUAGAAAGGAAUAGUUGUUUUUUAAGUUGAUCUUUUUUGGUUUUGUUUAGUGUUUUGUUUGUUUGUUGCUUUGUUUGUGUGGAAAAAAGACCGAGAAGUUGCUCUAACCAAGAGACAAAACAACAGACAGGAGGACUGAACAAUGUGAUGGGUUUGAGUUGAAAAGUGAUCCACUCUUGACACCACAGCGGUCUUUGAUACUGGAUAAAGAAACAAAAGAGACAGAGGAAAAAACAACAGAAGAGUUUUAAAGACGUUUCACCUGUCAGUGACGUCCCCUUCUAAUGGACGGUGGGUUGGAGGUGUCAUCAGUGGCACGGAGUGGCACGGAGACCUCUGAGGAUGACGUACAAUGAUCGGCCUAACACCACACCACUGAUGGUGGCAGCUCAGAGAACCGGUCCUGUGAGAUAAGGCAAAACUAGGAACUACCAGGACACUCUACAACCACGCAACGUUGCCCUCAGCGGCCAUGACCUUGGAAAACACGACCACUCCGUAUGACGUGCUUUGUAACAGCAGCUCGACCUUUGACCAUCUGAACUGGACACAUGGCUGCCCUUAUCCGGGCUCCCUGCACACCAAGUACGGCCUCGUGGCUCAGACAAUUGUGGGCGUGGUCUGUUUCGCCAUCCUGGCGGUGGGCGUGCCAACCAACCUGCUCAUCAUCACCAGCAUCUGCGCCUUCCGCUGUGUGCGCACGCGCAACAACGUGUUCCUGGCCAGCCUGGCAGCUAAAGAUAUCGUCUUUCUCACGCUCGCGGCCCCGAUAUUUGCCUUCGACUUUAUCCAGACGCCGUUCGGGAGCCCCACAACGCCAGGAAGCCAGGAAGUACUUUCGAACGUCCUUGCGUGACUUCUGUGUGCUCGCUGUGUACAUCAUUCUGUUGCUGCCUUACCUGAUGGUCAACGCCUUCGGACUGUCCACUCCCAGACAUCUGCUGUGGGACAUCUCAAAGAUCUUGUCUUACCUGAACAACGUCUCCAACUGCAUCAUCUAUGGGCUUCUCAACCGACAGCUGCGCCGCUGUUUUGCCAGACUUCUGGGGAUUGACCGCAUGCGAUGUGGCAGCCCGAGUAACGUUGUCACCCCAGCAACCAUAUCGCAAGUUCUUCCUCCACCCCCAGAGGCCCGACCUAAUGGAACUGUGACCGGAAGCUAG